UGAGGUUGAUGGAUACAAAAAAAAUGGAGAUACCAGCAGGUGUACUCAUGUCUACUGGAACUUACGCAUAUGUGGCCAUUAAGGGAUCCUUAUAUGCUAACGACAGUGCUGUUUUUGGCCUUAACGAGGUAGAGACUAAGGCGUUGGUGAAAAAAUUUUCAAAUUCCCAGAGAGAGGUUAUAAAUGGAAUAUUACUAUCUGCGUCGCCGAUGCAGGUAGUUAACGCUUUGGGUCAAUUAGGCUAUAGGGUUGUCUGUACAACAGGAGAAACUGAAGUAGUAUGGACAAUGCAGAGGGAAGUGUAAUUUCCGAAUGUGUUCAGUUUGAUUUGUGCCAGAAUGUUCUAUUCUAGAUAAGUAGUUAAAAUUAAAUCAAAAAGAACAACAUGCUUUCCAUCUCUUUUUCGUAGAACAGUUUUCCAAUAGUUAUUGCAGAAAUUUUGAAGAUUUGAUAUGGACAUAGAUUUUGAAGUCAAUAAGUAAUUAAAAAAAUUAACGAAAUUGUAUCGAUGUAACGAAAAAUAAUCUGGGGAAUUCCAUCCGAAUUAUCUGGCAACAGAUAGUACAGUCUUGAAAGUACGGUACUGUAGUGUCGUUCAAUAAGAUCAAUUCACAUAAUUGCACAUAUGCAAGUCUGUCUGCAGUCAAAUUGUAUGAUUUCGUUGGAUACACAGUCACACACAAUCAAAAUUUUUGCCAAUUCAUUGAAUUCUACAAAGUUGAACGAGUACCGUGGCUGGCCAGCUUUAUAAAAGUAAUUUCUACAAUCAAAUUUUGCUUUAGUAUUGGUUGAUUUAUGUAAACCACCAAUUACUUGAUAUAUGCCACUUUAUAAACUCUUGUUGUUUAUAUGGACAUGUAUCUAUUAUUCAGAAAAAAAUUUAAAGUUUCUGCUUGGAGAUGGAUUUCAUAUUGUGCAGAAAAAUUUAUAUUUUAUAUAUUAUAUUCUUGAAAAUGUAAUGUGAUGUAAUGUAACGAGAAACAUAUUUUUUGCAAUAAUGCUGUAAUUUUUACUCUGCUUUUUAUAUUAUAGAUAGGGUAUAAACAUAUUGUGCUAUUUAUUAAUAAGAAAGUGGAACAAAAUAAUAAUAUAGUAGGCAAUAUAAUCUUUAACAUCAAAUACUAAA